UGACGAUAAACACCGCCCCCACCAGCACAAUCCUACCUUUGCAACUCUGACCUUGGAAGUGCAAACCUCGAAUCACUUACCAGCCCGCGAAACUCUUGUACGUAUUUGCAGCUAUCCCCAUCGGCGCCCACGGUAGCGGAUAGUAAAACGAGCGUCUGCUGUUGGAACCUGGCUGACAACCUUGGAAAGAUUGGAUCGGCUCAGCUCGUCGCACGACCUAACAUCGGCAUUAUGUCUCAAUCUGGAGUCUCCAUCUCCCCCGACUGCGUGUCGAAGUUUAACGAGCUGAAACUCAACAAGAAGAUCAAGUACAUCCUGUACAAAUUGACAGACGACUACAAAGAGAUUGUCGUUGAGGAAGCGUCCGAGGAUGGCGACUGGGAGCAUUUCCGUGAGAAGCUGAUAAACUCCAAGUCAAAGAACAAGAUGGGAAAGGAAGGCAAGGGACCCAGAUACGCUGUUUAUGACUUCAGCUAUGAGCUGGCUUCGGGCGAGGGUACAAGGAGCAAGAUCACCUUCAUCGCAUGGUCUCCUGAUGAUGCCGGUAUCCAGCCCAAGAUGGUGUACGCCUCAUCCAAAGAUGCCCUUAAGCGCGCCCUGAACGGCAUCGCCACCGAAUUCCAAGCGAACGACGAAGACGACAUUGAAUACCAAUCCGUCCUCAACAAAGUCAGCAAGGGUCUGGCAUAAACAUGCCUUCCUGUUUAUAGGUACAAUACAUCAAUCAAGAAGGAAGAGGAUGAGACGGUAGGAGGGAGGACUUUUCAUUGGUGCUGCUCAUUUGCCUGCGUGAUAUGCUAUGCUGCAUAAGAUGGGGGGCAAGUUUUCAGUCUUUUCUUUAAGACGGGAGGAAUCGUAGGCAUGAGACAAUGAGAUAUCACGCCAAACGGAAAACUAUUUCAAUUCUCUGAUGCCACCGUCCCCAUCCAAUUGAG